UGCGGGACGAAAGUCACUACUGGCAGCAACGCUCAAGCAACUUUCUCCGAGAAAGAAAGCGGGGAAGUAGUUUUUGGACUUUGAACGUUGAAUUUUAAAAGAAAAGAGAAUCACUGUGGAUGCUACCAGUUGAAGGAGAUCACUUUGGAAAGUUUUGGAAAAGUUUGUUUUAUCUGGAAAUCUUAAACGAAUGAAGUAGAAGACUACACUGGAUGUAAGGAUUGCUGUUUGGAUAAUCUCUGUGGGACCCUAUCUUCUGUGCUGGUUUUGGGUGUUUUUACUGAUCCCAUCUGAAGUGACCAGUGUCAACACACCACCACAAUCCACCAAUGCUGGUUGAUAUCAUCGUAGCCUCUUUAUAGAACCUCAUCCCCCCCCCACCUCCCGACCCCACACCCUUUGGACGCUCCUCUAUGCACAUCAGCGUGUGUGUGGCCCACAAGGAGUCUCAAGGAGCCUUUCAUGGAACUCUUGGCCCCGGGGCCCCUGCGAGCCCUGUGUCCACUACCACCCCCACCCCUGCCCCUCUCCCGCUGCUGACAGCCACCAUGUCAGCUGCUCUCCCUGCCAGUCCCCCUCCUCCUCCAGCAUCGGUGGCUGUCUUGGCCCCUCCGCCUCCCCCUCCACCCCCUCCUCCUCCACCUCCCCCACCACCACCUCCUCUCCCUUCCGCCCUUUCUUCCUCCUCCCUCUCCUCCUCCUCCUCGGCGCUCUCCUCCCUGGAGGUGAAGCGGCGUCAGCGGCUGCGGAAGCUGAACUGGGAGCGCAUCCCGCGGGAGCGUGUGGAGGGUCGGCAGAGCGUGUGGAGCGGGCCGGCUGCCGCCCAGGAUGAGGAGGACUUCGCUCUGGACCUGCGCUCGCUGGACGAGCUGUUUUGCCAGAAGGAGGCCCGAGCUACCCAGCGCACCGCCAGCUUCCGUCGCAGCCUGCUGAGAUGCAACUCGCCACAGGAGACCGGCUUGGACAAGGUGACCAUCCUGGACCCCAAGAGGAGCAUGAAUGUGGGCAUCUUCCUGCGGCAGUUCAAGACUGCCGCCGCGGAGAUCGUGGAUGACAUCAGACAGGGGGCCGCUGGUCGCUAUGGCGCUGAGAAGCUGUCCGAACUCCUCAAGCUGCUGCCUGACACUGAUGAGGAGACCCGUCUAAAGGCGUUCAGUGGAGAGCGCACUGCUCUAGGAGAACCAGACCUCUUCAUGCUACUCCUGGUGGAGCUGCCAAGUUUUCGUCUGCGUCUGGAUGCCAUGAUCCUGCAGCAGGAGUUUGACCCUGCGGUGACCUCGCUGUGCGCGGCAGCCAGAUGUCUGCGAGAGGCGGCCGGAGAGCUGCUGAGCUGCCCCGAGCUGCACUCCAUCCUCAGGCUGGUGCUGAAGGCAGGAAACUACAUGAACGCAGGGGGCUAUGCCGGUAAUGCUGCGGGAUUCCGCAUCGCUUCACUGCUGAAGCUGGCCGACACCAAAGCCAACAAGCCAGGCAUGAACCUGCUCCACUUCGUCGCCAUGGAAGCGGUGAAGAAGGACGAGGGUUUGCUGUCCUUCCCCGACCGCCUCCCUCACUUGGGCCCCGCGUCACGGUUAUCUGAGGAGUCUGUGCUGGAGGAGCUGUCUCGUCUCCAGAGUAGGGUGGUGUCACUGUCACAGAGCGCCCAGAGCGAGCCACAGAUCCAGCAGCAGAUGCAGUUCUUGGAGGUGGCGGAGGCGCGACUGCAGGAGGUGGAGGAGGAGGUGCAGGCCCUCCACCAGAGCAGCCAGGCGCUAGUCGACUUCUUCUGCGAGGACGAGACCUCCUUCAAGCUGGAGGAGGCCUGUCGCAUCUUCCACUUGUUCUGCCACCGCUUCCAGAAAGCUGUGCGGGAGAACACGGAGCGUGAGCAAGCGGAGCAGAGGCGCUUGGAGCGGGAGCGGGAGUGUUCGGAACGCCGGCGUUCCCUGGCCCUCCUCUCCUCGUCCUCCCUGAGCCUGUCCGGGGAGGCGAGCGGCGACGGCUCGGACGAGCUGGAACGCACGCUGGAGCGUAGCCUGAGCCGCAGCCGGAGUAGACGCAGCCUGCGCAGCUCCACAGACGUCACGCGCAGACACUCGCAGUUCGCCUUCAUGAUGGACACUUUGGAGAAGGAGGGACAGGACUCUUCCACUUCACGACCCGCCUCCUCUUCUUCGGCCGUAGCCAAUCAUUAUUUAGAGAACAUUUGCGCCCCGACGUCACAACAAACGGCAAACUCAAGUUUAACCACUAUGCAACGUCCACUGACGGUGUCGGAGAACAUUUGCGGCAUGGUGUCGCAACAAACGGCAAACUCUACUACAACCACUACUAUGCACUCACAACAUCCACUGACCACGUCCCAUUCAGUGACUUCGCACACUACAGGACACACGAAUGUCAUGGCAAAUGGGCAUACGUUAACGUCCAGUCAUGAGGGAAAGAGUCAGAACUCAUCAGACGGACAUGCCAACUUAAACCACCACCACAUUUUGACUCGGAAUACUCCGAGCUUGAUGGAGAAAAAAGACUCGCAAUCUCAAAAGGCACAAACCACUGAGGGCCCAUAUCCUGUUGGAAACAUGGCUGCUACAUCUAUGAAGAACACUAGUAGUCCUAGUAGACUAAGGCAACCUAUGCAGUCCCUAGAGCACUCGCCACACAAUCAUUUGGGACGGGCAGUCGACCACCCAGGACCUACGCAUGGCAUCACGCCGGCACAUUCCAGUGCCUUACCUUGUCCACAGGUCAAAAAGCCAGUGCAGGAAACGUCCCGAAGCCGCUCACCAAUUGUCAUGGACGUACAGGAGGCAGCACCAACGAAAGCGUCCAAUAAGGUGGCCGCCGAAACGAGACCCAACAGCAUCAGGCUAUCUGGUGCAGUGCCUUCAAAGAUGGCAGCCCCUGCUAAUGGACUUCCUGAACCUCGCCACGUCACGUCCCCUUCCAGAGACUCUCGUCUGCCCUCCACGCCCACCCGUCCGCGUCCGGCUGUGGCCGACGAGGCCGAGCGUAUGUACCCACGCGUGGGCGAGACCCUGGAGUGCCACACGCUGGUGCGCGGCCUCCGCUCGUACGAUGGCCUGCACGUGCCCACACCCACCCCAUCAACGACACCGUCACCGACCUCUCCGCUGCCACGCCCCGCACCCACCCACUGCUCCAAGUGGAAGAAGGAGCGGGAGGCGGAGGAGAGGGAUGGAGCGCUCUCUCCGACGUCGUCCUCAUCCUCGUCCACCAUCCACGCAAAAGACGAGGCGCAUAGUGGCAAGAUGGUGUCUCGCGGGCUGAGGAGGGGGUCAGCUGCUGCACUGAGGUCAGUAGCUCCCAACUUGUCCGCCUCCAGAGCAGCUCGUUCAUCCAAACCUGCGCCGGCUCCUUCCGGCUCUCCUGCCCUCCCCUCUCGCUCCUCCCGUGCCGCCCACCCCAUCCGCUCCUCGUCCCUGCGCGCCUCCGCCAUCACGCGCCCCACCGCCUCCCCUGCCGGCACCCAGAUCCGGCGCCACGGCAGUGCCAAGGAGAUGCCCACCAGCAGUACGCCGUUGCGCCGCGUGCCAGAGAGGGAGGCUUUGACGGGGGCCGAGAGGGACAAGGUGACCACCGGUGGUGGUCCGUCCUCUGGAGGUCAUGAGCCUUUCGUCCGCGGCACCCCUCUACGGGUGUCCAAGCGCGUGGCGCCACACAGUGAGGCGAGUGGCGCUGGUGGUGCCACACCGGCACGUGGCGGCGCCCACAGCCCCUCGUCCUCCUCCAGCACUCCCAAAAGCAUCCGCACCGCCGUCAUCUCUGCCGCACGAGCCAAGAGCACCAAAACCGAGGCGGUGACCGUCUCCAAGGUCGCGUCCGCUGCAAACAGUCGGAUACCUGGCCCCAAGAUGGCACGCGCUGCCGCCUCUCCGCCCACAUGGAGGUGAAAAUUGAGCAUGUUGGGUUGAACCUCAAUCAGCAGUUUUAUUUUGUCAUGCAAAGGUGAUAUGGUUAACAUGCACAUGCUGUGUAUUUAACUUUUUUUUUUUUUUACAAUUGAAUCAUCAUUUAGCUCACUCUCUCCAAAUCUGGAUUUCAGCUUUUAUUUUUUUAUUUUGGACACUUGUGGAUGAGGGUGACAUCAGUCUUUUAGCCCUCCAUUGGACAUGGACUUGUGUUUCAACUUUGUUUUAUCCGUCAGCGUAGAAGUGAAUAGAACUGCCAUGUGAAAGUUCUACCUCCACACUGCCAAGACCUUCUUUGGUAGAGUAUGCAGCGGGGCAGGAGAGUGCCUCUUCAACUAGCCAGCGUGUUCCACGGGAAUCGACUGCCAUAUGCCUUCUGCUUUUCUUUUUUUUUACUAUGAGUGUCUGAUAAUCACAGGAUACACAGGUUUUAUCAUGAAUGGCAGUGUUUGCAUUGACAUGCAGAAAUUGAAUAGCUUGCUCAAAUGAUGUGCUCAUGAAAAAAAAAAAAUGUACGUCGUCUUGUCUGAAGUUCUAUGGCAAGCUGUUAACUGCCAUUUCUGUUUUGUCACCCUAUCGCUGCCUUAUAUCUGUCACGUAUGUAUUUUAACCUAGUGUGUAUGUGUGGUUGUUACUAUUUCUUGUGUGGAUCAACGUGAGCCAUUGCACAUCAUGAGAAGCUAGGUACAAAAAAAGACAAUGUUUGUUUAUGAGAAAGAACACCAAUGGAGCGAAGGGAGUUUCUCCAUGUGAUAUUUUUAGUGUCUUACUAUUUUCCAAAGCAGCUUAAUCGAUGAGAGGCCUUUUUAUUGUGGUCGGGUACAGCCUCCAUGCCAACCGACAGGUGGUACUCUCCUAUGGGCCACACUGGGAGGGCCAAGUGGCCUUCCUUUGUUGCACUUUACAAACUAAAGACCGAUGGGGGUGGCGUUGUCGAGUCGAGGAGGGGGACGAGUGGAUGAAUGAAUUCUUUUAAGAUAACCUGCUGUAUGUGUGUAGUGUUUUUGUCAUCUUAUUAAAAAUCUUAUUGUGAUAUUUGUAUUCCUUUGUAAAUAAUAAGAUAAAUAAAAUAAAGGUGGCUGUUGACAGUU